AUGUCCAGGCCCAGAAUAGACAGCCUCCAAAGCACAGAAAGCCUCGUGAUCAGCUCCGUGGAGCUCAUGCAGAAGGUGGACAAGAAAGGGACUAGUGAUCUCAGAGUUUCUCUCAUCCCCCAUCCUUGCCCUGCAGGCACCUAUAUCUGUCUUCGUACGGUUACUCCAUCAUACCGAAUACCCCGUGUCCUGGUCGUUGCAGGAGACGAGGGGCAUAAUGCUGUGACAUUGGAAUUGUACAAUCAAGGAACAUUUCGUGCCGACCACGAGAUUAUGGAUGAAGGAUCAGUAUUGAUUGUGAAGGAGCCGUACUUGAAAGUGAACACCGAUGGAAACUAUAGUAUCCUCGUUGAUCAUCCUUCCGAUGUCAGAUUGAUUCAAGAAGAUGAUGAGGUUUUUCCAUCCGGCACCCCACUUUUGAAUCUGUCUCAUUAUCGCCACGCGACGGAAUGCUACUUCAAGGCCUUGCAAUCCUCGCCGACCGACGAUGAAGUCGAGUUGAUCAACCUCGAUCGCCUUUCCGUCCUCAUGAAAACCCAUCACUUUGAUGCGACUCUUCUGUACGCCAAAGAUGCAUCUUCGGUCCAAGACUAA